AUGGCCGAUUCCGCCGCCUUUCAGUUCUACGCCUCCGCUGACGAGGUCUUCACCAAACUUCGCGAAAUUGUCGAGUCUUCUCCCCCAGAAAACGAUGCUGCAGCCCUCCAAAUCGUCGCCAUGGCCCUCAUAGGUCGCCUCAAGUCCCUCAACCGUGCGGCGAAUACAGCGACCAGACUCCAGAAAGAGGCCACCACCGAAGCCCGUCAAGAGAUGGACCAAUCGCAUCUCGGUCUCCAGAACCUUCUGUAUGAGAAACGUCAUCUUGAGCGCGAAAUCGAAAAGUGUCGCCAAUUUGCCUCGAUAUACCAGGACGUUCCGCUGCAUACCCUCGAGGAAUUUAAGGUGUUGGCACCAGAGGAAGCACGUACACCUGAAGUGUUGGCAAACGAACAUGAACUUAUGCUCAACCGCCUCAGCUUUGAGCUCGCGGAACGCCAGCGCCUAGAUCAAAGGAAACGAGAUCUCAUCCGGCAAAAGGAAGAUCUGCUCAGGCAGAGUAAGGCCAAGGCCUCGACAAUGGACAGUGUCAAAGCCCAAAUUGAGUUAUUGGUCAAGACUGCUGCAGAAGUACAGAAGAAAGUCGACGACCUUGUAUCACCAAUACCCAAACCAUCCUCUAGUUAA